CACUCCCUCCCAGCCACCCGCCCGCUGCCGUGCCAGCCCCCAGGAUGGGUGCCCCAAGCGGGUGCCUGGUGCUGGCCUGGGUCCUCGCCGCCCUGCUCCUCGUGCAGAAGACAGAGACCCAGGGCAGCGUGGAGCCCAGCCAGGCCAGCACAGAGGCUGCCACGCACAGUUGGAGGGCGAACGUCGCUUGGAGCAUGACCGCCGUCCCGCCCAUCACCAUCUCGCCCACCAUAAGCUCCUGGAACCCCACGCACAACGGGCGCGUGUGUAGCACCUGGGGCGACUUCCACUACAAGACCUUCGACGGCGAUGUCUUCCGCUUUCCGGGCUUGUGCAACUACGUCUUCUCGGCGCACUGCGGCACCGCCUACGAGGACUUCAACAUCCAGCUGCGCCGCGGCCUGGCCGGCUCCAGGCCCACCAUCACCCACAUCAGCCUCAAGACGCAGGGGCUGGUGCUGGAGGCCUCCAACGGCUCCAUCCUCAUCAAUGGGCAGCGGGGGGAACUGCCCUACAGCCGCGCGGGCCUGCUGGUGGAGCAGAGCAGCGUCUACAUCAAGGUCACUGUCCGGCUGAUGCUGACUUUCAUGUGGAACAGAGAGGGCAGUGCCCUGCUGGAGCUGGACCCCAAGUACACCAACCAGACGUGUGGUCUGUGCGGGGACUUCAACGGGCUCCCGGCGGUCCAAGAGUUCUACUCCCAUAACGCCAGGCUGACCCCUCUGCAGUUCGGGAAUCUACAGAAGCUGGACGGGCCCACAGAGCAGUGCCGGGACCCCCUGCCUUCCCCGGGCAGCAACUGCACAGACGGGGAGGGCAUCUGCCGCCGCACCCUGUUCGGCCGGGCCUUUGCGGGGUGCAACAAGCUGGUGGACCCUGCCGCGUACGUGGCCGCCUGCACCCAGGACCUGUGUCGCUGCCCCACCUGCCCUUGCGCCACCUUUGCAGAGUACUCCCGCCAGUGCGCCUACGCGGGGGGACAGCCCCAGAACUGGAGGGCCCCGGGCCUCUGCCCCCAGACCUGCCCCCUCAACAUGCAGCACCGCGAGUGCGGCUCGCCCUGCGCAGACACCUGCUCCAACCCCCAGCGCUCCCAGCUCUGCGAGGACCACUGCAUGGACGGCUGCUUCUGCCCCCCAGGCACGGUGCUGGAUGACGUCACCCACAGGGGCUGCCUGCCCCUGGAACAGUGCCCCUGCACCCAUGGCGGCCAUACCUAUGCCCCGGGGGCCUCCUUCACCACCAUCUGCAGCGCCUGCACCUGCUCCGCGGGGCUGUGGCAGUGCCGGAACCUUCCGUGCCCUGGCACCUGCUCUGUCCAGGGCGGGUCCCACAUCUCCACCUAUGACGAGAAGCUCUACGACGUGCACGGAGACUGCAGCUAUGUCCUGUCCAAGACGUGUGCAGGGAACAGAUUCAGCGUGCUGGCCGAGCUGCGCAGGUGUGGCCUGACGGACAACGAGAACUGCCUCAAAUCAGUGGCGCUCAGCAUGAACGGCGGGGACACGAUCAUCCAGAUCCAGGCCAACGGCGGAGUGUUCCUGAACUCCAUCUACACCCAGCUGCCUAUGUCAGCAGCCAAUAUCACGAUCUUCAGGCCCACCUCCUUCUUCAUCCUGGUGCACACGGGCCUCGGGCUGCAGCUGCAGGUGCAGCUGGUACCACUCAUGCAGCUGUUCCUCAGGCUGGAGCCCUCCUACCACGGACAAAUGUGCGGCCUGUGCGGGAACUUCAACCAGAACCAGGCCGAUGACUUCCGGACACUCAGCGGCGUGGUGGAGGGCACGGCCGCCGCCUUCGCCAACACCUGGAAGACCCAGGCCGCGUGCCCCAACGUCAAGAACAGCUUCGAGGACCCCUGCUCCCUCAGUGUGGAGAACGAGAACUACGCCCAGCACUGGUGCUCCCUGCUGACUGACCCGGCCGGAGCCUUCUCCCGCUGCCACUCUGUCCUCAACCCCGAGCCCUUCUACUCGAACUGCAUGUUCGACACGUGUAACUGUGAGAAGAGCGAGGACUGUCUGUGCGCGGCCCUAUCCUCCUAUGUGCACACCUGCGCCGCCAAGGGGGUGCUGCUCAGCGGCUGGAGGGACGGCGUGUGCACCAAGUAUGUGAGUAGCUGCCCCAAGUCCCAGCACUACAGCUAUGUGGCACACGGCUGCCAGCCCUCCUGCCGCGCUCUGAGCCAGGUGGACGUCACCUGCGGCAUCUCCUUCGUGCCGGUGGACGGAUGCAUCUGCCCCUCGGGUACCUUCCUGGACGACUCGGACUCCUGUGUGUCCGCCGACGCCUGCCCCUGCUACUUCCGUGGCUCUGUGGUGGCUCCGGGGGACGUGGUGCAUGACAACGGCGUGGUCUGCUCGUGUGCGGGUGGGAAGCUGAGUUGCCUGGGAGCGGCAGAGCAGAAGAGCUCAGGGUGUGUGGCCCCCAUGGUGUACCUGGACUGCAACAACGCCUCGGCGGGCAUGCCUGGGGCCGAGUGUCUCAGGAGCUGCCACACGCUGGACGUGGACUGUUUCAGCACCCACUGCGUGUCUGGCUGCGUCUGCCCCCCGGGGCUGGUGUCGGACGGGAGCGGGGGCUGCGUGGCCGCGGAGGACUGCCCCUGUCUGCACAAUGAGGCCACCUACAAGCCCGGGGACACCAUCAGGGUUGACUGUAACACCUGCACGUGCAGGAACCGCAGGUGGGAGUGUGGCCGCAAGCCCUGCCUGGGCACCUGCGUGGCCUACGGGGACGGCCACUUCAUCACCUUCGAUGGGGAGCGGUACAGCUUCGAGGGGAGCUGUGAGUACACGCUGGCCCAGGACUACUGUGAGGGCAACGGCACCGCCAAUGGCACCUUCCGCGUGGUCACCGAGAACGUCCCCUGCGGGACCACGGGCGUCACUUGCUCCAAGGCCAUCAAGCUGUUCCUGGAGAACUAUGAGCUGGUCUUGCAUGAGGGCACCUACAAGGUGGUGCAGCGGGGCCCAGGCGGGGACCUGCCCUAUAAGGUCCGAUACAUGGGCAUCUACCUGACCGUGGAGACUCACAGUGGCCUGGUGCUGUCCUGGGACCGGAAGACAAGCCUGUUCAUCCGACUGCAGCAGGACUACAAGGGCCGGGUCUGCGGGCUGUGUGGGAACUUUGACGACAAUGCCGUCAAUGACUUCACCACGCGGAGCCAGUCCGUGGUGAGCAGCGCCCUGGAGUUCGGCAACAGCUGGAAGUUCUCCCCAUCCUGCCCUGACGCCCUGGCCCCCAGGGACCCCUGCACCGCCAACCCGUACCGCAAGUCCUGGGCCCAGAAGCAGUGCAGUAUCAUCAACAGCGCCACCUUCGCCACCUGCCACGCCCACGUCGACCCCGCCAAGUACUACGAGGCCUGUGUAGGUGACGCGUGCGCCUGUGACUCGGGGGGUGAUUGUGAGUGUUUCUGCACGGCGGUGGCCGCCUACGCCCAGGCCUGCCACGACAUGGGCGUGUGCGUGUCCUGGCGGACCCCGGACAUCUGCCCCGUGUUCUGUGACUACUACAACCCCGAGGGCCGGUGUGAGUGGCACUACCAGCCGUGCGGGGCGCCCUGCAUGAGGACCUGCCGGAACCCGAGCGGCCGCUGUCUGCAUGACCUGCCGGGCCUGGAAGGCUGCUACCCGAAGUGCCCGCCCAGCGAGCCGUUCUUCAGUGAGGCCCAGAUGAAGUGCGUGGCCCAGUGCGGGUGCUAUGAUGAGGACGGGAACUACCACGAUGUGGGUAUGAGGGUCCCCACGGCAGAGAACUGCCAGAGCUGUGAAUGCAGUGCUGGCGGCCUCCAGUGCACGCACAGCCUUGCAGCCUGCACCUGCGUCUACAAGGGCAGGACCUACCAUUACGAGGACGUCAUCUACAACACAACCGACGGGCUCGGUGCCUGCUUGGUAGCCACCUGCGGACACAAUGGGACGAUCCUGCGCAGGGCUGUGGAAUGUCCUGGAACCCCGUCCAUAAACCCGCCCUUCACCUUCACCACCACCGUGGCCCCGCUCUCCUCGACAGGCUCAGUCCCCACCGUCUCCACCGUGGGCUCAGUCCCCACCGUCUCCACCGUGUGUGUGCAUGAGCUCUGCCUCUGGUCCGACUGGUUCGACGGCGGCCCCCCAGAGCCUGGCAUGGCAGGUGGGGACUUCGAGACAUUUGUGGACCUGAGGCAGAGGGGCUACCAGGUGUGCCUGGCCCCGGCGAGCAUCGAGUGCCGGGCACAGAAGCUCCCCGACACCCCGCUGCAGCAGCUGGGCCAGAAGGUGAAGUGCGAUGUGGCCCGGGGGCUGACCUGCCUCAACAGAGAGCAGAACCCCCCGCUCUGUCACAACUAUGAGCUGCGGGUCCUCUGCUGUGACUACCUGCCCUGCGGCACCUCCCCUGGGGCCACCACCUGGCAGCCACCGGCCAGGUCCCUGUCCACCCCCGCCACGCAGACCCCGCCAGCAGAGCCCACCACGACAGGAAGCCUGGCGCCAAGCAGCUCCCCGGCCUUGACCACAACCUCCUGCCGGCCCCGGUGUCAGUGGACAGAGUGGUUCGACGAGGACUACCCCAAGUCUGAGGAGGCUGGGGGGGACAUCGAGUCAUACGACAAGAUCAGGAGCGCGGGAGGGGCCAUGUGCGAGCAGCCUCUGGACAUAGAGUGCCAGGCUGAGAACUUCCCCGGCAGGAGCCCUGCAGAGCUGGGCCAGCGUGUGCUCUGUGACGCCAGCUUCGGCCUGGUGUGCAGGAACGAGGAGCAGGUGGGCCUGUUCAGGAUGUGCUACAACUACAGGAUCCGCGUGCUCUGCUGCAGCCAUGACCACUGCACGGAGCCCACCACCGGGCCACGGACGCAGACCACCGUGCAGAGAACCACAGGGGGCCCCUCCAGGGAGACCCUACCUAUCCAUACGACUUCCACAGUGAUGGGAGCCACAACAGGCACUGUGGCCACCAGCCCCCCGUCCAUCCCACCCAGAGAGACACGCACGACCACAGCAAGGACAUCGCUGCAAGCCCUGAGAACCACCACGCAGGGCACAACAGGCUGUCAGCCCCAGUGCGAGUGGACAGACUGGUUUGACGUGGACUUCCCAACCUCAGGGGUCGAGGGCGGGGACCUGGAGACCUUUGACAACAUCAGGGCUGCCGGGGGCAUGCUGUGCGAGGAGCCCCAGAAGAUCGAGUGCCGCGCAGAGAACUACCCUGAGGUCAGCAUCGACCAGAUCGGACAGGUGCUGAGCUGCAGCCUGCACGUGGGGCUGGUGUGCAAGAACCAGGACCAGAAGGGGCCUUUCAACAUGUGCUUCAACUACAACGUCCGUGUGUUCUGCUGCCACCCAACCCCACACUGCCCCAGCACUGGGGGCCCCACGUCGCCAACCACAGCAUCUGGCCAGACCCAUGCCUCCUCCCCUGGGACCACCCAGAUGCUUGCGACCCCUGCCAGGACCACAGAGAGGGUCUCCAGCCCCAGUCCCUCUGCCUCCCUGAGGACCCCAACGGCCACCACCAACCCCACCUCAUCCAGUGCACCCACCACGGUCCCCGUGGUGACCUCCAGCACGUGGAUCCCCCCAGGGUCCACGUCCAGCACGGCCACCCUCGGGACCACGCUGGUCUCCACAGUCCCGCCGCCCAGCUCCACCACGCACUCCCUGGCCACCUCGUCCUCCACGGGCUGCAGCCCACGGUGCACGUGGACAGACUGGUUCGACGAGGACUACCCCAUACCGGGCCUGGAUGGCGGGGACUUCGAGACCUUCUCGGUUCUCCGCUCAGCGGGGCACGACUUCUGCCAGCGCCCCCGGGACAUCCAGUGCCGAUCGGAAAAGGCGCCGGACGCGCGUCUGGAGGACUUGGGCCAGGUGGUCCAGUGCAACGUGAGCUUCGGGCUGGUGUGCCGCAACCGUGAGCAGCCGGGGCCCCUGCCCUACUGCCACAACUACCACGUGCGCGUGCUCUGCUGUGAGGACGCUGGCCACUGCACCAGCACCACGGCCACGGGGGCCACCACGCCGUCCCCAGGCACGCCCACCAUGGGGGCCACCACGCCAUCCCCAGCGACGCCCACCACGGGGGUCACCACGCUGUCCCCAGAGACGCCCACCACGGGGGCCACCAUGCCGUCCCCAGGGACGCCCACCACGGGGGCCACCACGCCAUCCCCAGCGACACCCACCACGGGGGCCACCACGCUGUCCCAAGGCACGCCCACCACGGGGGCCACCACGCUGUCCCCAGGCACGCCCACCAUGGGGGCCACCACGUCGUCCCCAGCGACGCCCACCACGGGGGCCACCAUGCCGUCCCCAGGCACGCCCACCAUGGGGGCCACCACGCCGUCCCCAGUGACACCCACCAGGGGGGCCACCACGCCGUCCCCAGUGACGCCCACCACGGGGGCCACCACGCCGUCCCCAGUGACGCCCACCACGGGGGCCACCACGCCGUCCCCAGGCACGCCCACCAUGGGGGCCACCACGCCGUCCCCAGGCACGCCCACCAUGGGGGCCACCACGCCGUCCCCAGUGACACCCACCAGGGGGGCCACCACGCCGUCCCCAGUGACGCCCACCACGGGGGCCACCACGCCGUCCCCAGUGACACCCACCGAGCGGGCCAACACGCCAUCCCCAGGCACGCCCACCACGGGGGCCACUACGCCGUCCCCAGCGACGCCCACCACGGGGGCCACCACGCCGUCCCCAGGCACGCCCACCACGGGGGCCACCACGCCGUCCUCAGCGACGCCCACCACGGGGGCCACCAUGCCGUCCCCAGGCACGCCCACCACGGGGGCCACUACGCCGUCCCCAGCGACGCCCACCACGGGGGCCACCACGCCGUCCCCAGGCACGCCCACCACGGGGGCCACCACGCCGUCCUCAGCGACGCCCACCACGGGGGCCACCAUGCCGUCCCCAGGCACGCCCACCACGGGGGCCACCAUGCCAUCCCCAGUGACACCCACCAAGCGGGCCAACACGCCAUCCCCAGGCACGCCCACCACGGGGGCCACCACGCCGUCCCCAGCGACACCCACCACGGGGGCCACCACGCCGUCCCCAGCGACGCCCACCACGGGGGCCACCACGCCAUCCCCAGUGACGCCCACCACGGGGGCCACCACACCGUCGCCAGCGACGCCCACCACGGGGGCCACCACGCCAUCCCCAGGCACACCCACCACGGGGGCCACCACGCCGUCCCCAGCGACACCCACCACGGGGGCCACCACGCCGUCCCCAGUGACACCCACCGAGCGGGCCAACACGCCAUCCCCAGCGACGCCCACCACGGGGGCCACCACGCCGUCCCCAGCGACGCCCACCACGGGGGCCACCACACCGUCCUCAGCGACGUCCACCACGGGGGCCACCAUGCUGUCCCCAGGCACGCCCACCACAGGGGCCACCAUGCCAUCCCCAGUGACACCCACCAAGCGGGCCAACAUGCCAUCCCCAGGCACGCCCACCAAGGGGGCCACCACGCCGUCCCCAGUGAUGCCCACCACGGGGGCCACCACACUGUCCCCAGCUACGCCCACCACGGGGGCCACCAUGCCGUCCCCAGCGACACCCACCACGGGGGCCACCACGCCGUCCCCAGGCACGCCCACCACGGGGGCCACCACGCCGUCCCCAGCGACGCCCACCACGGGGGCCACCACGCCGUCCCCAGCGACGCCCACCACGGGGGCCACCACGCCGUCCCCAGCGACGCCCACCACGGGGGCCACCACGCCAUCCCCAGUGACGCCCACCACUAGGGCCACCACACCAUUCCACUCCGUGCCCAUCAUCCAGGUCUCCACGGCCUCCACACUCAGCCCCCACAGCAGUGAAUCCGCACUCUGGCACCCCGAGACCUCGCCCGGACUCCCCAGUGCCGUGCCCAGCACAGUCCUGGCCACCUCCAGCACAGGGCCCAGCCCCAGAGCCUCCCUAUCACCCCCCACGCCCGCAGCCACCAGCUCUCUGCCCGGCACCACCUUGGGUCUCUUUACGACCACCUCCAGGGCCAUGGAACCCACAGGCAAGAUCAAGACCUCCCUGCCUGUGACCUCCAGCCAGACACAGGCCCCCACGUCCCCCGUGGCCGGGUCCACGGCCUGUGAGCCCCGCUGUGCCUGGACAGACUGGCUAGACGAGAGCUACCCGGUGCCGGGGGCCUCUGGUGGGGACUUUGAGACCUACGCCAACCUCCGGGCCAUGGGCAAAGCCAUCUGCAAGCAGCCGCUGGAGCUGCAGUGCCGGGCAGAGGGGCGGCCAGAGACGCCUCUGCAGGAGCUGGGCCAGGUGGUGCGCUGCAGCCUGGAGGAUGGCCUGGUGUGCCGCAAUCAGGACCAGGCUGGCCUGUUCAAGAUGUGCCUCAACUACCACAUCCGCGUGCUCUGCUGUGAGGACUACAGCCACUGCCCCAGCACCCUGGCCACCACGGUGGUCAGCUCGCAGGGCACCAGCCCGGGUCUGACCCUCAUGCCGGCCACCAGCACAAUGGCCUCCAGUUCUACGGCCCCCAGCACUGGCCAGACUGCGGCCACCUCCACGUGCCAGCCCACCUGCCACUGGACCACCUGGCUGGACAGUGACCAGCCCCUGCCCGGCCGCUACGGGGGUGACAUCGAGACCUACUACCACAUCCAGGAUGCUGGCAGCCAGCUCUGUGCGGAGCCUGAGGCCAUCGAGUGCCAGGCUGUGCUCUACCCGAACGUGCCCGUGGGGCGGCUGGGCCAGGACGUGAGGUGUGACGUGAACUACGGGCUCAUCUGUAGGAACAACUGGCAGAAGGGGGGCCGCACCUGCCUCAACUACCACAUCCGCGUGCUCUGCUGUGAGGACAAGAGCCCCUGUACCAGUUCCCCGGCCACGGAGCCCACCAGCACCAGCACUCGACAAAGGUCAUCGGGGGUCACUGGGCUGCAGGCCACGACCACCCACCCCUCCUCCCCCGGGACCACCCUGGGGGUCACUAGCCCCACCUCCCAGACAGGACCCUCCUCCUCUGGGACCACCCUGAGGGUCACCAGCCCCACCUCCCAGACAGGCCCCUCCUCCCCCGGGACCACCCUGAGGGUCACGAGCCCCACCUCCCAGACAGGACCCUCUUCCCCGGGGACCACCCUGAGGGUCACUAGCCUCACCUCCCAGACAGGCCCCUCCUCCCCCGGGACCACCCUGAGGGUCACCAGCCCCACCUCCCAGCCAGGACCCUCCUCCCCCGGGACCACCCUGAGGGUCACGAGCCCCACCUCCCAGACAGGACCCUCCUCCCCCGGGACCACCCUGAGGGUCACCAGCCCCACCUCCCAGCCAGGACCCUCCUCCCCCGGGACCACCCUGAGGGUCACGAGCCCCACCUCCCAGACAGGACCCUCUUCCCCGGGGACCACCCUGGGGGUCACUAGCCUCACCUCCCAGACAGGCCCCUCCUCCCCUGGGACCACCCUGAGGGUCACAAGCCUCACCUCCCAGACAGGCCCCUCCUCCCCCGGGACCACCCUGGGGGUCACUAGCCUCACCUCCCAGACAGGCCCCUCCUCCCCCGGGACCACCCUGAGGGUCACUAGCCUCACCUCCCAGACAGGACCCUCUUCCCCGGGGACCACCCUGAGGGUCACGAGCCCCACCUCCCAGACAGGCCCCUCCUCCCCCGGGACCACCCUGAGGGUCACCAGCCCCACCUCCCAGCCAGGACCCUCUUCCCCGGGGACCACCCUGAGGGUCACCAGCCCCACCUCCCAGCCAGGACCCUCCUCCCCCGGGACCACCCUGAGGGUCACGAGCCCCACCUCCCAGACAGGACCCUCCUCCCCCGGGACCACCCUGAGGGUCACGAGCCACACCUCCCAGACAGGACCCUCUUCCCCGGGGACCACCCUGGGGGUCACCAGCCCCACCUCCCAGACAGGACCCUCCUCCCCCGGGACCACCCUGAGGGUCACGAGCCCCACCUCCCAGACAGGACCCUCGUCCCCCGGGACCACCCUGGGGGUCACCACCCCACCUCCCAGCCAGGACCCUCCUCCCCUGGGGACCACCCUGAGGGUCACUAGCCCCACCUCCCAGACAGGCCCCUCCUCCCCUGGGACCACGCUGAGGAUCACUAGCCCCACCUCCCAGCCAGGACCCUCCUCCCCUGGGACCACCCUGAGGGUCACUAGCCCCACCUCCCAGACAGGCCCCUCCUCCCCUGGGACCACCCUGAGGGUCACUAGCCCCACCUCCCAGACAGGCCCCUCCUCCCCUGGGACCACGCUGAGGAUCACUAGCCCCACCUCCCAGACAGGACCCCCCUCCCCUGGGACCACCCAGGGGGUCCCUGUCUCCACCACCCAGACACUUGCUACCCCUGCCAGGACCACAGAGAGGGUCUCCAGCCCCAGUCCCUCUGCCUCCAUGAGGACCCCGAUGGCCACCACCAAGCCCACCUCACCCAGUGCACCCACCACAGUCCCUGUGGUGACCUCUAGCACGUGGAUCCCCCCAGGGUCCACGCCCAGCACGGCCACCCUCGGGACCACGCUGGUCUCCACAGUCCCGCCGCCCAGCUCCACCAUGCACUCCCUGGCCACCUCAUCCUCCACGGGCUGCAGCCCACGGUGCACGUGGACAGACUGGUUCGACGAGGACUACCCCAUACCGGGCCUGGAUGGCGGGGACUUCGAGACCUUCUCGGUUUUCCGCUCAGCGGGGCACGACUUCUGCCAGCGCCCCCGGGACAUCCAGUGCCGAUCGGAAAAGGCGCCGGACGCGCGUCUGGAGGACUUGGGCCAGGUGGUCCAGUGCAACGUGAGCUUCGGGCUGGUGUGCCGCAACCGUGAGCAGCCGGGGCCCCUGCCCUACUGCCACAACUACCACGUGCGCGUGCUCUGCUGUGAGGACGCUGGCCACUGCACCAGCACCACGGCCACGGGAGCUACUACGCCAUCCCCAACGACGUCCACCACGGGGACCACCACGCCAUCCCCAGGCACGCCCACCACGGGGGCCACCACGCUGUCCCCAGCGACACCCACCACGGGGGUCACCACACCGUCCCCAGAGACGCCCACCACGGGGGCCACCACGCCGUCCCCUGGAACGCCCACCAUGGGGGCCACCACGCCAUCCCCAGCAACACCCACCACGGGGGCCACCACGCCAUUCCACUCCAUGCCCAUCAUCCAGGUCUCCACGGCCUCCACACUCAGCCCCCACAGCAGUGCGUCCACAUCCUGGCACCCCAAGACCUCGCCUGGACCCCCCAGUGCCGUGCCCAGCACAGUCCUGGCCACCUCCAGCACAGGGCCCAGCCCUAGAGCCUCCCUAUCACCCCCCACGCCCGCGGCCACCAGCUCUCCGCCCGGCACCACCUUGGGCCUCUCCACGGCCAUCUCCAGGGCCACGGCCACCCACACCUUGCCACCAGUGACAGUGACCACGGUGUCCACAUCUGUCUUCAGCACCACGGGGACCCCCGUGUCCCCCAGCUGGAACUUCACCACCCGCUGCCUCUGCCGGGCGUUCGGGCAGCUCUUCUCACCUGGGGACGUGGUCUACAAUAAGACAGACGGUGCGGGCUGCUCCUUCUAUGCCAUCUGCAACCAGCACUGCGACAUUGACCGCUUCCAGGACACCUGCCCCACCUCUUCGCCCCCAGAGUCCUCUUCGGCCCCCAUGACCUCGCCCUCCCAGUCUCAGGGCUGCAACCUCAUCGUCCCUCCCCGAAAGGUGAACGAGUCCUGGACCCUGUCGGACUGCACGGUGGCUCGGUGUGAGGGCCACAACCGUAUGGUCCUGCUGGGGCGGAAGCCAGUGGCCAGCAUCCACUGCGUGAACGGACACCCUCCGGUCAAAGUGUCGCAGGAGAGCGAGCCAUGUGACUUCCACUUUGAGUGCGAGUGCUCCUGCAGUGGCUGGGGGGACUCGUACUACACCACCUUCGAUGGCACUUCCUACUCCUUUCGGGACAACUGCACCCAUGUGCUCAUGAAGGAAAUCACCCCACGCUAUGGGAACCUCAGCAUCUACAUGAACAACUACUACUGCGGGCCCACCAGGGCCACCACGGCCUCCGCCCACUGUCCCCGUGCCCUCAGCAUCCACUACAAGUCCAUGGAGGUCAUCCUCACCACCAGCACCGGCACACGCGGGCAGGAGCAGAGCCUGAUCCUGUUCGACCAAAUCCCAGUGAGCUUGGGCUUCAGCAAGAAUGGCGUGAGUGUGUCGGUGACGGGGACGACCAUGAUGGGCAUCGACAUCCCUGCCAUUGGUGUGAACAUCACCUUCAACGGGCACAUCUUCCACAUCCAGCUGUCCUACAACCGCUUCAGCCACAACACCGAGGGCCAGUGCGGCACCUGCACCAACAGCCAGACAGACGACUGCCGCCAGCCCGACGGCACCAUGGCCCCCACCUGCCAAGACAUGGCCCACCGCUGGCUGGUCCCCGAGAGAGGCCGGGAGGCCUGCUGGGCACCUACCCGCCCGCCCCCGACGGCUGGCCCCGCGCCCUCAGCACCCAGCACGCCCGCCUCCUCCCCGUGCCCCCCCGCGCCCCUCUGCGAACUGCUACGGAGCCCGCUCUUCGCAGAGUGCCACGCCCUCAUCCCACCGGACCCGUUCGUCAGCUCCUGCGUCAGUGACGGCUGCCAGGCCGACCGCCCCGGGGCGCCCUGCGGGAGCCUGGAGGCCUACGCAGCGCUCUGCCGCGCCCGGGGCGCCUGCCCCAACUGGCGGAACGCCACCAGCGGGCUGUGCGACUUCACCUGCCCGCCCGACAAGGUGUACCAGCCCUGUGGCCCUGCACAGCCCACGUCCUGCGACUCCAGGAGCCAGAGCAGAGUGGGCAGCGGGCUGGUAGAAGGCUGCUUCUGCCCCGACGGACACACCCUCUUCAACACACACACGAAUGUCUGCGUGCGCGAGUGCGCCUGUGUGGGACCAGAUGGGUUUCCCAAAUCCCCUGGGGAGCGGUGGGUCAGCAACUGCCAGGACUGCAAGUGCCACGAGGGCUCCAUGUCAGUGCAGUGCACCCCCGUGCAGUGCGAGGUCCUGGAGCGGCCCCCGCAGUGCAGCCGGGUGGGCUUUGUGGCUGAGACCAGGCCUCUGGCCAACAACUCAUGCUGUCUGCAGACGCUGUGCGUCUGCGACACGACCACCUGCCCCCAGAGCCCACCCAAAUGUGGGCCGGGAGAGGAGCUGAUCCGCACCCAGGAGGAGGGUGAUUGCUGCCCCACCUUCAUCUGCCAACCUCAGCUGUGUUACCACAAUCACACCGCCUAUGGGAUCGGUGCAACCUUCCCAUCCGGCACUCCCUGCCACACGUGCACCUGCCUGUCCGGGGACACCCAGGGCCCAAUCGUGCAGUGUGAGGAGGACACCUGUAACACUACCUGUCGCCAGGGCUACAAGUACUGGAAGGUGGCCGGACAAUGCUGUGGGGAGUGCGUGCAGACAGCUUGUCCCACGGAGCAUGGCUGGCUGGUGCAGCCCAACGAGACCUGGGUCAACAGCCUCGUGGACAACUGCACGGAGUACCGCUGCGAGGUCAAGAACGGGCUCCACGUGCUCACUGCGAGGCCCACGCCCUGCCCGGACGUGUCCAGCUGCCAGGGCAUCCUCAGGAAAACCGGCUGCUGUUACUCCUGUGAGGAAGUGGACAAGUGCCAAGUCCGCGUCAACAGAACCAUCCUGACACACCAGGACUGUGCCACCCGGGCCCCGGUCAACCUCACGUUCUGCAGGGGCUCAUGCCCCGGAGUGUCCAAGUACUCCAUGGAGGCCCAGGCUAUGGAGCACCAGUGCACCUGCUGCCAGGACGCAGGUGUUCAUGAGGAGGUGGUGACCAUGCAGUGUCCCGACGGGACUGCCAUCCAGCACACCUACACCCACGUGGACAAGUGCAGGUGUACCUCAUCCUGCGCCCGCUCGCCCGAGGCUCCUGAGGACAGCACCCCCAUCUUCCUGACCUAGGGCCCCACCACUGUCUGUUGCCAUUCUGACCCCCUCCCGCCAGGCCCCCCACCCCAAUCUGGAGCCAGGACACACACCACCCAACCACAGAAAGCUCAGCCAGCCUGCUGCAGGAGCCCAGGCACACCCGCUGCCUGGGCCCUCGUGGGACCUGUGCCUUGGGGGUCGCCCUGGAGGGCGACGGCGCAGUGAGGACCUGCUUGAGGAGGGCUCCGGGAGGGGGCCUUGCCCUCAGAGCCCCUCCAGCACGUCUUGGCCACUUGCCUGGCCGUCGGGCCUGGUCCUCAUCUGAGACAAGUGCCUGUGCUGCCCGGACUCACCCCCUUCUUCGUGUCAGAGGGAUGCCCCAUAGCAAACUGCCCUGGAGCUGCCGUGCUGUCCCCCACUGUGGGCCUGCGUGCCCCCCACUGCUCCCCAAGCCCCAUGGAGCAGGUUCCUGCUGACCACCUCCUGCAGUGGGACGUGGGCUGGGGCCUGUCCAGUGGCCACCAGCUACCUCCGGGGAGUGGUGUCAGGCAGGGUGGCUGCCCGCCCACGUGUGAACCUAGGCCUGGGGUGACCACGGCCGCUGGGAGGUGGGCCAGGGAGGGGUCAGUGCUCCCCAGCACUCCCUCUGCCCACCCUGCCCCCAUCUUGCAAAUAAACACUGAGCAUC